AUGGGUCAGAAGAAGCAUUCCACUUACGUGAUAGCCGCAGUAGACGAAAAAACACUAGCUUCAUUGAAUGAGCUAGAAUCCGCGAGAGCAAAGUUUGUGUCCCAUUCUAUUGCGAUCAACAACUUAAAUAGCCGUGGGUACGUGUCUUGCGAACUCAAGGAAUGGUGUAAAGAAGAACCCGUGAUUGAACAAAGGACUUGGGUACUGAAGAGUCUAUCUCAACGAGUGUUUUUGAGCCAAGAGAAUCUGCUUUUGUAUGUUAUCUGCAGCAAACACUACGGUAGCUACAGAGAAAGCGAAACAAACGCUGAUUGGAAUGCAAUCUCAGUUAGGCGAUUCGGUGGAUGCUUCCUCAAGGUCCAGAAGCAAUACUCCAAACGUGCCCCUGUCAAUAAUCCAAUGAAAGAUAUUCUCUAUGGAGAUAAUCAAUCAGCAGAGCAGUCAGAUUGCGUGCUUGAGUCCAAACAGGGUCUGCACAAGUUGAGGCUUCAGGUCAGCUUCAAUAAACCAAAGGACUUUCAGCAAGAGAACACUCGUAUCGUGAAGCCCAAAAUGGAGGUCUCGGAAUUCACCAAGUUAGAAUUGACGGCCAACUGCGGCCCUUCGACGUGCUCAACUUCAAUGGGUUUGGAAUUGAGUGGGAUUGUGGUGUGUCUCUUAGAGGUUAGCGCCUCAAAGACUACAACGACUUCCACCGCCAAGUAUGUACUCCGUCAAAAAACGUUGUUGAAUACAAAACUCAAGCAAAAACUCAAUUGGAAUGGAAGCGUUGAUGGUGCAAUGGCCUCAUUACAGUUCCUACUUCAAGACUGUGUACUUCCAGACUUAGAAGCUUCUCAAUUUGCCAGUCAUUAUUGGAGAACCUAUGGUAUCAAGAUCACAAUCAAGCUUUCUUCGAAGAAGACAAGUCUCGAGCUUCCUGUGUUUAUGGAGGUGGCCGUGGGGUAUGAAGAUCGCUACCAUAUUGAGCUCACUCGAUUUCAAAUGAACCCGCCCGACAGGGACUUUGUUCUGUUCAAGAAAUUGUUCGAGCCUCGUCUCACACAACUUUAUCAUCGAACACUUCUCAUGACCCCUGACUUUGGCCACAGAGGACUCCAUACUGAUACCUUCUCUAUUGACGGAACAACGGUAGCGGUAACAAACGGGAAAGUAGUGAGACAAAUAGCGUCCGACAUAAUGAAAGACAAGGCUUUCGACGAUAAAUUAAUUCUUUUAGGAUACAUGGGGGUCCGAGUUCAGCCCAAGGUGACGGAUGACGAGAACUACAUUAUUUGCAAAGUAUGCAAGGGCUCUGACAUUGUAACAAGGUACCCAGUCGAUCCAGAUGAAAUGUAUGGUGGGCUUUUUUUAGUGAUAAACAGGUGUCUAGUUCACUAUAACUUUCCCUUUGCAAUGAGAACGGAGAAAAGAGUGUUUGAAAAUACACCACUACUUGAACUGAUCUUCAUUGACAGUGUCUUCAAGUCUGGAACCACUAUCCUCGACGAAAGACAUGUCAUUGUGGUGGAUUCAUAUUUGAUCGCCUCGGUAGGACUCCUUUUAUGCUUCAACAAUCCGCAGUAUCGUCACCGAAAACAUGUUGUCCUCACUUGUUACAGCGUUAAUGUCGUUUUACAAGAGUACUUCACAAGCAACGACAAAGAAAAGGGAGUAGAUUAUUCUGACAGAAUGUGGGGGUUAUUCAAAAAUCCGUUCAUGUCAGUAACCACUCGAGUACCAUUGGACAAGACUAUGCAUGGUAUGCCCGCUUGUACAAUUCCUCCAGAGUGGUAUAACUGUGCUGUCCACUCGUGCGGACCCACUUUCUUUUCAGAAACGCUCAACAGGCAAUUCAGAAUUCUAGUCGAGUUUGAAUUGUCCCUUGAUUGUGAACCAUCUGCAACAUUUUUUCACUACAUACCUGUGGACAUUGCCGCUCACCCAGAUGACGAUGCCACUUCUCUUCCACCACCUCCACCCCCCUAUGAAGUGACGGAAGGUACCUAA